CGCGCGCCACCGGCGACCACACGUCGCCACGCCACCGCCCCCGCCCCCAACGACCCUUACCUUCUUCGGCCACGCAGGCCGUGCGCCGCUUUGCCUCCGCCAUUUCCGCAUUUAGAAGCUCCCCCUCCCCCCAGCCCAGAUAGUUUCUUCUUCUUUAGCUGCCUGCCAAGAUAUUAGUGGCGAGAUACAUAUAUAUUUAAGCAGCGGGGAGGGAGGGAGUGAAGGGGGUUGGGGAUGGCGGCGGGCGGCGGCGCGGCGGCGCCGUUCGUGUGGAAGACGUACAUGAUGGUGGAGGACCCCGGGACGGACGGGGUCAUCGGCUGGGGCCGGGGGAACAACAGCUUCGUCGUCGCCGACCCCUUCGUCUUCUCGCAGACGCUGCUGCCCGCGCACUUCAAGCACAACAACUUCUCCAGCUUCGUGCGCCAGCUCAACACCUAUGGCUUCCGCAAGGUUGAUCCGGACCGGUGGGAGUUCGCGCACGCGUCGUUCCUGCGCGGCCAGACGCACCUCCUGCGCAACAUCGUCCGCCGCGGGAGCAGCGCCGCCGGGGGAGGCGGCGGCGGCGGCGGCGGCGGCGGCAAGAGGAAGGACGCCGCCUCCGUGGAGCCCUCCGCGGAGGACAUGGCCAUGGUGGCCACGGAGGUGGUGCGCCUCAAGCAGGAGCAGCGCGCCAUCGACGACCGGGUGGCCUCCAUGUGGCGCCGCGUGCAGGAGACCGAGCGCCGGCCCAAGCAGAUGCUCGCCUUCCUCCUCAAGGUCGUCGGUGACCGCGACAGGCUGCACCGCCUCGUCGGCGACGCCGCCUCGCCGGACGCCGCCGGCGGCGAUGCGGCCGCCGCAGCGGAGGGCGGCGAGAAGCGGGCCAGGCUGCUGCUCGAGGGCGACGGGUCCUUCGGCCCCGACGCCGUCGACUUCGCCGGGUUCUACAGCAGCGGCGCGCUCGGCGACGUCGCCGUGGAUGCCGCCGCGGGGUCCGCCGGCGGCGGCUCGUUCGCGUUCGGCGUCGACACUGGGUACUGAGUGUCAUGCCGGCAUGCGCGCGCCGCCUGCGCCAGCCGCUUGGCGCCCCUUUUGCGGCUGUGUUCUGCCGAUUUCCUUGCCAGUGCGCGCCGGCUGCCGCUUUGGAACGCCGGGGAGCGGCGGCGGGCAGAUGAUUGGGAGGGGCCUAGAAGUCGACCGAUGAUAACUAUUUCAACCAUGUUCCAUGGAUGUCUAUUUGAAGCUUUUGGUGGAUCUGAUUUUACGGGUUGUGGUGGCUCGAGUCGGUGUCGAGAUCAUCCAGGCUAAAUAAGGUACUACUGUGGCGGAGUGCGACCGUGAAAGUUCCAUGAAAGGGUAGGUUUGAUGUUGUACAUGCAUAUGCUUAUUGUAGUGGCCGAGUCCACAGACUGCAGCCGCACGAGAUAUUCCAAGCUCUUGUAGAUUUGCUGUAUCCUAAGAUUGUUUGUGUAACAAUUGUCGUAUUUCUCAGAUUCACACGCCA